CCUUCGGCUCAGAGGGGUGGCGGCGGUGACCAUGGACUUUCUCCUGGGGAACCCGUUCAGCUCCCCUGUGGGGCAGCGCAUCGCCAUCAGAGAGCAUCUUGGCAGCACUGGAAGGGGCCUGGCAGGACCUUCAUCUGGCCUUCUCAUCCUCACUGGCACACAGGAGGGAACCGGUGACUUAGCCAAAGUCCCAGAGCAAGCCACUGAUGGAUCCCUGCAGGGCGAGGACUGGUCCCUCAACAUGGAGAUCUGUGACAUCAUUAACGAGACCGAGGAGGGCCCCAAAGACGCCUUACGAGCCCUGAAGAAGAGGAUUGUGGGUAAUAAAAACUUCCACGAGGUGAUGCUGGCACUCACGGUCUUGGAAACCUGCGUUAAAAACUGUGGCCACCGCUUCCACGUUCUCGUGGCCAGCCAGGACUUUGUGGAAGGGGUCCUGGUGAGGACUAUCUUGCCAAAGAACAACCCCCCCACCACCGUCCACGACAAGGUUCUGAUGCUCAUCCAGUCCUGGGCGGAUGCCUUCCGAAGCUCACCUGACCUGACAGGAGUCGUGGCUGUCUAUGAAGAUCUCAGGAGGAAGGGCCUGGAGUUUCCCAUGACAGACCUGGACAUGCUGUCCCCCAUCCACACGCCCCAGAGGUCCGUGUAUAGCUCCGAGCCCCCACCAGGACAGAAUUCGUCAGUAACACGGUCCAGCCAGCGCACAGACUCCCUGCAGCAAGCCGUGCCCCUGCCAGACGUGCCGUCCGCCCCCGAUGACGUGCCUGUGACGCCAACACCGGAGCAGAUUGGGAAACUCCGCAGUGAACUGGAGGUGGUGAAUGGGAACGUGAAGGUGAUGUCAGAGAUGCUGACCGAGCUGGUCCCCGGGCAGGCCGAGCCCUCAGACCUGGAGCUGCUGCAGGAGCUGAACCGGACGUGCCGAGCCAUGCAGCAACGAGUCCUUGAGCUGAUCCCCCGGGUCCUCAACGAGCAGCUGACCGAGGAGCUGCUCAUGGUCAACGACAACCUGAACAACGUGUUCCUGCGCCAUGAACGGUUUGAGCGGUUCCGAACAGGCCAGCAUAACAAGGUCCCACAUGAGGGAGAGCCAGCCACCAAUCUGAUUGACCUCAGCAGCGCCAGUCCUGCCCCGGCGGGGCACCAGCCUGAAAGCCCCGGGACCCUCUCCUCUCAGCUCGCCGGGAUGAACCUCGGCACCAGCAGCGUCAGCGCCACGCUGCAGUCUCUGAACACCUCGGGAAAACUGGAAGACGAGUUUGACAUGUUUGCCUUGACUCGGGGGAGCUCCCUGGCAGAUCAGCGGAAGGAAGUCAAGUACGAAGCCCCCCAGGCAAAGGACGGACUGGCGGGAGCCCUGGAUGCCCGGCAGCAGAGCACUGGAGCGAUCCCGGUCACUCAGGCCUCCCUCAUGGAGGACAUCGAACAGUGGCUUUCCACCGAUGUGGGAAAUGAAGCGGAGGAUUCCAAAGGGGUCACCAGCGAAGAAUUUGACAAAUUCCGAGAACGGGCCAAGGCCGCCGAGAGGCUCCCCACCCUCCCCAGCCCUCCAGAAGGAUCAUCCGGCUCUGCCCCCCAGAGGAAGAAGGACAAAGACGAUGACUCCCUCUUUGCCUUGUGAGCCCUGGGUUCGAAGGCACUGCACCCAAGGGGACUGAAGGCCCCUUUCCUUUUACCUGCUAGGCUGGGGUCGGGACGGGGAGGUCCCGCUGGGCCUCUCCUCCAGCCUCGGCGAUUAGGCUGCUUUGGGUGGUUCGUUAGCUUUUAUCCCAGGAGGUAGCUUGGGCUGGGCCGGAACGUGCAGAGGGUCGGGGUGGAUGGCCCGUAGCAGGAGGGCAGGGUGCCCGGCUGUCUUCUGGCCUCUUCCCUCCCUCCCCUCCAGCCACUACCCCUGCUGAGGGUUUGUGGCACAGCUGAACGCCCACCAUUUCCGUAGUCUCCACCUCUAGGCUGACUGCUUCUGUUGACCUCCUGUGGUCUCCUCCUCUCUCAGGGCAACUCCCCUCCAUGGACCUGUCCCCAAGGCGGCCUUCUCUGCCCACCCGGCCCUUAGUUUGAGUUCUCAGUCCUGUCUGAGGAUCCCCGACCCAGCUCGCCCACAAGGAUGGGUGGGGUCAGGUUUAUGACACUUCUCCAAGAUCCAGCCCUUGGACAAUCAGUCCCCUUUCCUGCCGACCCCCAGCAAUGCUGCACGAGGUUCCAAUUCCUCCCUUCCCAGGCUGGCCCCAGGCCCUCAGAACAAGUGAGGCCCACGUGGGCCCCUUACUAGCUGCACAAAGUCCAGGUACCAGAGCGUGCAAACGUGGCAGAGGCUCCAUGGCAGAGCAAGCAGGGGUGAGCCUGGGCUCCCCUCAGCCCCCCAGGCCAGGUCUGACAGCUGUGCCUUAGAGCUCCCUGCUCGUGACACCCUUGCCACCCGGGAAAUGGGAGUUAACAUCAGGGCAAGGUCCCAUGACCAGGCAGCAGCCUCUUCAGCAGUGGAGAACACACCUGCAGGAGGAAUUGAGGCCCGGGCUGACUCAGAGGUGUCCAUGUACCUGGGAGAUUGGCCUUUUGUGUAUCCAUAUUAAAGGUGGAAAAGCAAUG